UGUUUCCAGCAUUUUCUGUCUUGUCACGGUGAAUCAAGGACCCGUGUAUAAUUUCUCGGAGAGACGGUGGCACUGAAGAGGUUGCGAGUCCCCGCUGAUGCAGGGAGAGUGCCGGAACACGCACUGGGAAAAGGAUCUAGUGUCAAACAUUGAGCGGCGGCGCUGCGCCGUGAACGGCCGGGCAACCCCCUAAACGUUCUGUGUUAGUUUCACUUUCCUGGAAGAUGUCGAGUUGAUUGCUGCUUCGUCAUUCACAGAAGGUUGCUUUCAGGGUUUGCAAUCGUGAAGCUGUGGAAAUUAUACCAUGGAAUUUCCAAUUGCUAGAAUUGCAUGGGGCACUUUCAAGAAUCCACAGGAGCCUGCUAUGAAUGAGUUGCAAAAGCUGCAACAGGAAAUAGAAGGCUGCAAGACCCGUUAUAAUGCAGUGCUAAAGAACAAGAAAGCCUUGCUCGCAGCAAAACUAGAAAUCGAAGAUACAACAGACGAAUGUAAUGCCCAGAUUCAACGUUUCCAAAAUAAAAUUGAGGACGACAAAUUAAAAGAUACAACUCAGAACCUACAUCUUCAAGGGAAACUGAACGAGGUGGACAGUGAAAUUGAAACGGUUACUGAGAGGGAGAAUGCAGUAAAGGAAAAAUUGGCCAAACUGGAUGAACAGAAUGCAAAGAUGGAGUUACAGCUGCAGGUUUCUAAAUGUAUGCCGGAGAAAAGAUGGGUCUUUGCUGGUCAGGAAGCAAAAGAGCAUGACCAAGAAAGAAAAUAUGAUGUCAAGCCUUGCAUUCGGUAUCCAAUCCAAGGGGGAAGCGCAGUGAUCACAUUUGAAGAUGCCAAAGUUGCUGCUCAGAUAUUGGAGAUGGGAGAUCACAAAAUUAAAAUUGAAGACAAUGAAGAUAUUGCAAUUAAUAUAAAAGCUUGGCCUGUGAAGUUGCCCACAGUUGAAGAAAUUGAGAUUCAAACUCAAGUCUGCAAACGUCGAGUGCUGAUUUCAGAAAUCCCAAGGUUUCUUACUGUCGACCAACUCUUGGACAAGUUAGAAAUCCACUUCAGCAAACAGAAGAACAAUGGAGGGGAAGUGGAAAACAUUGAAUUCUUGCAAGAUUCUGGAAAUGUGGUGAUUACAUUUGUGGAUGAAAGAAUUUCUGAGAAUUUGACAAAGAAAGAGUUUCAUGAGGUGGUGUUUCGAGGAAUUAACAAGACGUGCAUGUUGAGGGUCUCGCCGUCUAUUAAUGGUGAAAUUGUGCGCAUAAAGGCUGGUGAGAUUAUUUCCAGAAAGAGCGUGCUGUUUUCUGGGAUUCCGGACAUAAUAGAUGAAGAGAAGCUGAGAGACAAUUUGAUGAUACAUUUCCAGAAACCCAGCAACGGAGGUGGGGAGGUGGAUGCGAUCGUGUACAUCCCUGUGGGGCAAAGCACGAUAACUUCCUUUGAGCUAGACAGUGUGGUGGAGAUCUGAAGAUCCAUGGUUUUACCCAGAAGAGAACAUUGGAGUGCUAAAUGCGAGCUAGGAAUGAUAAAUUUAUUUUCCUAUUUGAUUUUUAGACAAUCUUAUUCAGGUCUAAUGCUGAUGUCUGCAAAACUGUGUGUAAGGAACCCACAAUGCGUUAAUCCUACCCCACUCCCAACCAAAGCUCACCAAGCAUGUUAAGCAUGUGCGCAUAUACAUCUAACAUCUGCUGGAGAAACUCUUGCCAGUCUAGAGGCACCUGUGGAAGGAAAUGGACAGACGACAUUUCUUCAGUCCCGACUCAAUACGUCGUCUGUCCGUUCCCUCCACAGCUGGUGCGUCUUGCAGUUUCUUGUGUCUCAAACCAAAUGUUAAUGUUUUUUUGAGAACGCCACACCAUGCGUGCAGAGGAACCUUGGUGGGGACGUCAAUGGCGAGUGGACAUCCCAUAUAGACGCUGCUUUCAGGGAACUAUGCAGUUGAACCCCUUGAUCCUUCUGUUCUACAACAUUCCCCAGGGCUAUACUGUUGCACAAUUCCGUCUUUAAAAAUGCACCCCAGGACAGAGAGGCUGAGCUAGGGAAGGAGGUCUGGCGCCUUAGUCAGGGCUGCAAAGUAUGUUCAAACUUGGAUUGAAGAUAGACACAAGAUUUGUUAUUCUCAGUGUGUGUGUGUCCUCACUAUGAUCUUGAACGCAGGAAAUGGUCAGGAAAGUGCAAUAAUGCAGCAGUAAUGUUCCAUUUAGAUUAUUGUCACGUGUACCGAGGUACAGUGAAAAGCUUUUGUUGCAUGCUAACGUUAGCGGAAAGACAAUACAUGAUUACAAUGAAGCCAUAUACAGUGUAUAGAUACAUGACAAGGGAAUAAUGUUGUAGAGCGUCAUAUCACAGUGUAGAACUUUCAAUUCCAAACAUAAAGCCUUUUAUAAUGUAAGUAGUUAGUUUCCCCUUUUGAUUAUUUUGGAUUAUGUCCAUGUGCAUUCAUGAGAGCAUUACAGACGCUUGUGGUUAGGGUAGUUGUGAAUAAUCUGGAAGAAUUAGGAUCUGUGGUCUGUGGGAACAGGUGGUCAUUUGGAGGGUUUGAUGUGAAGGUUGUAUCAGGAGUGCAAGGGUGACCAAGGCCUAACUGCCUGUCCGAAUUUCUGGACUGUUGCCAAAUGACCUGGUAAUGGUGGAGGUGGCAGUAAACUCCAGGAGAAAGCUAUUUUCAGUUUCAUAAUUUACACCUAAUGCUAUUGAAUUUCUAAGCUCCACAUCUCCUCUUCGAAAAAGCCUCUCGUCAUCUGAUACCCUCAAAUUAUACUGCCUUAUGUUACUCAAUGUCGGAUUCUGUCUACAAAGGACUUGUGAAGUGCCUUGGGACAUUUUAUGAAAGACAUAUUAAUAAAAGCUUAACAGA